AUGGAAUUCGGAUACCCUGUAAACCCUAAGAGCUCUAAAGAGAAGAGUAAGGUGAAGUUAUGGAAGAUAUAUUUUCAAGAAAAUGGUAGAAAUUUGACAAUGAUACAGUUGUCCACGUUCGGUAAAUUGGUCCGUGUUGGUUUGCCAAACUUAUUACGUGGUGAAAUAUGGGAAGUAUCGUCGGGUGCAAUGUAUUUGAGAUUUGCCAAUCAAGGUGUAUAUCAAGAAAUUCUUGCAAAGUAUAAGGACCAGAAAUCAACAUCGACGGAAGAGAUUGAAAAGGAUUUGAAUAGAUCUCUUCCUGAAUACCCAGGCUAUCAAACUUCCGAAGGAAUUAAUCGUUUACGUCGCGUGUUAACUGCUUAUGCUUGGAAAAAUCCUGAGCUAGGUUACUGUCAGGCAAUGAACAUCGUUGUUUCAGCGCUUCUCAUUUACACUACCGAAGAACAGGCAUUCUGGAUAUUGCAUGUGCUAGUGGACCGUUUCUGUCCAGGCUACUACAGUACGAAUAUGUACGGCGCAUUGCUUGAUCAGAUCGUUUUUGAAAAACUUGUACAGCGAACAAUGCCUCUACUCUGGGAACAUUUUCAGAAAACAAAUGUUGAAUUAUCGGUUGCAUGCCUUCCAUGGUUUCUUAGCUUGUACAUCAAUUCAAUGCCUCUUGAAUAUGCUGUGCGUGUUCUUGAUAUUUUGUUUAUGGAGGGACCUAGAAUUAUAUUCCAGAUCGGCUUAGCUAUUCUGAAAGCAAAUGGUGACGAUUUACUAAAAACAACGGAUGAUGGUGGCUUUUUGAACGUUUUCAAGACAUUUUUCCAGACGAUUGGUGAUAAAGAAGAGUAUAGAGAGUUCUCUUUGGUUACUAAUGAAAUGGUAAUGGAGCUCCGUAAUCAAAAUCAGUUGAAAGUAGGAGCAAGUAUUGAAUCGUUCACCAAACGUACAGCUAUUCGUAAUCUGAAGGAUAUGGCAUCGUUCAGUAAAGAUGAUAUAGCCAUUUUAUACGACAAAUAUUUUACGACGCUCUAUUAUGCUAGAAAAGACAGUGACAAUACAAGCAUAUCAAAAAUGAAUCGUGCUGCAUUCCAAAGCAUGCUACAAUCAAUGACGCCCUGGGCUAAACCUUCUACAUCAUUUCCAUCCGAGGGACAUGAUAGUAGCCAUAAUGCUGAUGCAAAUGCAGCGAACAAUGUAUGCAACAGUUUCAUAGAUCGUCUUUUCAAACAGUUUUUAGGAAAUGAUUCACCGGACGAUCUUUUGGAUUUCCAACAUAUGGUGAAAGGGAUGAGUGAUAUUUUACAUGGGGAUAUUAUGUCACAUUUAGAUUGGUACUUUGAUCUAUACGAUACAGAUAAAGAUGGCUUAUUAGGCAGCGAAGAUAUCGUUACGAUGAGUAAAGAGAUGUAUUGGCUUAUUAGUCACUUGAAAGAUACAGACAUGGCAUGGGAUGCAGUGACAAACCUUAUUGUUAAUAGCCAUGAGCAGUCAGAUAUUGCUAGAGGAGGACAACCGGACGAGAACACACUAUCUCAUCGAUUAGCAGAUCUAACAAUGACAACAACACCGAAAAGAGUGGAAGCAGAAGCAGUAGCAGGAAAUGGUAGAAUGUUAUGGUCGUUUCGCGAUCGUACACGGCAGUUGGAAAACUCUAUGCUAGCAGAUACUGUAGAUCUUAGCUUACCGUCGUUCCGUAUGGUGGCUCUUACCAACGAAUCUUUGGAGAUGUUUUUUGAUCAUGAAUUUGCAAAUAGUUUCCAAUUAGUUAAAUCUACAUCCGAAGUGCCAAAGAGUCUGGGCCGUGAAGUCUUUGAGAAUUUGUUUGCCGAUGGUCAGAAGCUUGCAACCGCUGUACAGAAUAGUAAUACCUCCAUGUCCAGAUCUCCAUUCCUAUCCGAUACAUCGUCUCAUAAAGAGAAACCAACCACACCCAAGUCGAGUGAGGAUUCAAGUAGUCAUGUUCGACAGAGUGAAGAAAUGGAUGCUGAUAAUGCCUUGAUGGAUGAUUGGGUACAUUUUGAUAUAUGGAGGGAAAAAAAAACAGCACAAUAA